GCUGUAACUUCAGGAAUCCACAACUCUUUCUUCAACAACAAUGUCUACAUCUUCAGAAACAACUGCACCUGUAACAACAUCAGUAACGACAGCAUCUUCAACUACUAACAUCCCCACUAGUACACAAACCACACCUAUUACUUCAACAAAAUUGCCUACAACUUCAGAAAGUACAACAGCAGAGUCCACAACUACAACCUCAUCAACCACGUCUACAACAACGAACAAUCCAACAACAUCAGCAGCUGUAACUUCAGAAUCCACAACUCUUUCUUCAACAACAAUGGCUACAUCUUCAGAAAAAACUGCACCUGUAACAACAUCAGUAACUACAGCAUCCUCAACUACUAACAUCCCCACUAGUACACAAACCACACCCAUUACUUCAACAACAUUGCCUACAACUUCAGAAGGUACAACAGCAGGGUCCGCAACUACAGCCUCAUCAACCACAUCUACAACAACAAACAAUCCAACAACAUCAGCAGCUGUAACUUCAGAAUCCACAACUCUUUCUUCAACAACAAUGUCUACAUCUUCAGAAACAACUGCACCUGUAAAAACAUCAAUAACUACAGCAUCCUCAACUACUGACAUUCCCACUACUACAGUUGUGAGUACACAAACCACACCUAUUACUUCAACAACAUUGCCUACAACUUCAGAAAGUACAACAGCAGCGUCCACAACUACAGCCUCAUCAACCACAUCUACGACAACAAACAAUCCAACAACAUCAGCAGCUGUAACUUCCGAAUCCACCACACUUACUUCAACAACAUUGUCUACAUCUUCAGAAACAACUGCACCUGUAAAAACAUCAAUAACUACAGCAUCCUCAACUACUAACAUUCCCACUGGUACACAAACCACACCUAUUACUUCAACAACAUUGCCUACAACUUUAGAAAGUACAACAGCAGGGUCCACAACUACAGCCUCAUCAACCACAUCUACAACAACAAACAAUCCAACAACAUCAGCAGCUGUAACUUCAGAAUCCACAACUCUUUCUUCAACAACAAUGUCUACAUCUUCAGAAUCAAUUGCACCUGUAACAACAUCAGUAACUACAGCAUCCUCAACUACUAACAUUCCCACUAGUACACAAACCACACCUAUUACUUCAACAACAUUGCCUACAACUUCAGAAAGUACAACAGCAGGGUCAACAACUACAGCCUCAUCAAGCACAUCCACGACAACAAACAAUCCAACAUCAUCAGCAGCUCUAACUUCAGAAUCCACAACUCUUUCUUCAACAACAAUGUCUACAUCUUCAGAAACAACUGCACCUGUAAAAACAUCAAUAACUACAGCAUCCUCAACUACUAGCAUUCCCACUAGUACACAAACCACACCCAUUACUUCAACAACAUUGCCUACAACUUCAGAAAGUACAACAUUAAGUUCCACAACUACAGCCUCAUCAACCACAUCUACGACAACAAACAAUCCAACAACAUCAGCAGCUGUAACUUCAGAAUCCACAACUCUUUCUUCAACAACAAUGUCUACAUCUUCAGAUACAACUGCACCUGUAAAAACAUCAAUAACUACAGCAUCUUCAACUACUAACAUCCCCACGAGUACACAAACCACACCUAUUACUUCAACAACAUUGCCUACAACUUCAGAAAGUACAACAGCAGGGUCCACAACUACAGCCUCAUCAUCCACAUCUACGACAACAAACAAUCCAACAAUAUCAGCAGCUGUAACUUCAGAAUCCAAAACCCUUACCUCAACAACUAUGCUUACAUCUUCAGAAACCACUGCACCUGUAACAACAUUGGUAACUACAGCAUCUUCAACUACAGAAAUUCCCACCACCAAAACCGUUAGUACACAGACCACACCUAUUACUUCAACAACAUUGCCUACAACUUCAGAAAGUACAACAGUAGGGUCCACAACUACAGCUUCAUCAUCCACAUCUACGACAACAAACAAUCCAACAACAUCAGCAGCUGUAACUUCAGAAUCCACAACUCUUUCUUCAACAACAAUGUCUACAUCUUCAGAAACAACUGCACCUGUAACAAGAUCAGUAACUACAGCAUCUUCAACUACUAACAUCCCCACUGGUACACAAACCACACCUAUUACUUCAACAACAUUGCCUACAACUUCAGAAAGUACAACAGCAGGGUCCACAACUACAGCCUCAUCAACCACAUCUACAACAACAAACAAUCCAACAACAUCAGGAGCUGUAACUUCAGAAUCCACAACUCUUUCUUCAACAACAAUGUCUACAUCUUCAGAAACAACUGCACCUGUAAAAACAUCAAUAACUACAGCAUCUUCAACUACUGAUUUUCCCAUCACCAAAGUUGUGAGUACAGAAACCACAACUGUUACUUCAACAAAACUGCCUUUAACUUCAGAAAGUACAACAGCAGAAACCACAUCUAAAACAACUGUCAAUCCAUCAUCAACAGCUGUAACUUCAGAAUCCACAACGCUUACUUCAACAACUAUGCCUACAUCUUCAUCACUUACACCAUCAGAAAUUAAAACUAUGCCUACAGCAAGCACAACUGCAGCUUCCACAACCACAGUGGGGCCUUCCACUACUGUGGCUUCAACUUCCAAAACUACAACUGCAUCCUCAACAUCUAUGGCUUCCUCAGCUGUGAUUGUGCCUUCUUCUACUAGUUCAUCUCCAACCUCAUCUGAAUCUCCACUUCAAUCCUCAUCAACAGUUUUCAAUCCGGUUCCAAUAAGGUCUACAACUUCAGAAAGUACAACUGCACAUACAACAUCCGCCUCAGCUACCACAUUGGUACCUUCAACCAUUAAAUCAGCUGCAACCUCAUCUGAAGCUCCAAGUACACAAACAGGUGAAACCACAAUGACAUUUGCAGCCACAACUUCUAAAACCACAACUCCACCAACAAUAUCUACAACUUCAGAAAGUACUCCUGCUCUGGUAACAACUAUGCCUGUCUCCUCAUCACAUGUAACUAUAUUACCAACUUUAACUCCAACAAAAACAACUGAAUCUCCAAGAACCCCAACUGUACCCAUUACAACCACAAUCACAACAACUGCCACCCCUCCAAGCUCAACUGCAGCUCAAACAACAACUCAGUUUCAAGAAACAUCAGGAGAUCUUUUAAAAACAACUGUUGCGUUUACCAGUACAUCUUCUGCUCCAGCCACACUUGCACUUUCAACCAAAACAACUUCAAGCCCAAACAUGGAUUCAGAAACUACAACUGCAUUAACAACUACCACUGGAAUUAUUACAGGUUUCACUAAUACACCAGAAUUUCCACUAGUUAAACCAAUAACAUCAAGUCCAAACACAAAUACGUCAACAUCACCAGCAUCUACAAUUCCAGGUCACACAUCCAUAAAAACAAUACCAGCUGAAACUCUUACUAGCAAUACUACACCUCUGAACAAUACAACAAAAGCAGAUGCAACACUUCAAAGUACUUCAAGUUUGCAACCAGAAACUUCAAACAUACUCAAAACAUUUCCAACAAAUGUGUCCGGUGCAGCAACAGUCACAACCAGAUUUACAUUCUCAUCCUUGUCAUCCCUGCCCACUGAAACUUUGGUCCUAGGUGCUGUUAGUAAUCUUCUUAAAUCAAGAGAAUCCCAGCUCAAUGAAUCACUGAAGAUUUCCAAUUUUACCUAUCAGAAAAUAUCUGAAACUUCUUAUGCUGUCAUUUUGAAUAUUAUGUUGAAUAAUAUCAGCAUGCCUGAGGAUCCUCAGCUAAGAAACAGCAGUUAUGUGCAAGUGCAGUAUGUUGUCAAUAAUGCGCUGAACACACUAUUGAAUGAACCUGGCAAGCAGGUUUUUGAACCCAAGUCCUCAAACUUCACGAGCACUCCAAACCAGAUUGAUGGCAUGAUGGACUACAGCUUCCAGGAUGGAGAUACCAUACAACCAGUCAGCUUCCUAAAAGAGCUACUUCUGACAACCACGACAGUGCUUCCACAAACAACAAUCAGUUUUUCCAUGACUCCUUCAAACUCCAUAUCUGGUUCAGCAGUGGUCACAAGCAAGCUGGUGUUCAACUCCUCAUCUCCAGUCCCCAGUGAAGCUCUGGUCCUCAGCGCUAUCAACACUCUCCGUAAUUCCAGAGAGUCACAGCUGAAUGAAUCAGUGAAGGUGGUGAAUGCCAGCUAUGAGAAAAUCUCAGAAACCUCCUAUGCUGUGGUCUUUACAUUUAAACUGGUUAACAUCAGCAUUACAGAGGACCCUGUUCUCACAAACAAUACCUACCCGCAAGUGCAGGAUGUCGUCAAUAAAGCGCUGAACACUCUUCUGAAUGAACCUGGCCAGCAAGUUUUUAAACCAAACUCCUUCAACUUCACGAGCACUCCAAACCAGAUAGAAGGCAUGAUGGACUACAGCUUCCAGGAUGGAGAUACCAUACAACCAGUCAGCUUCCUAAAAGAGCUACUUCUGACAACCACGACAGUGCUUCCACAAACAACUACCGGUUUCUCUGUGACACCUCCAAACCUAGUAUCUGGUUCAGCAGUGGUCACAAGCAAGCUGGUGUUCAACUCCUCAUCUCCAGUGCCCAGUGAAGCUCUGGUCCUCAGCGCUAUCAACACUCUCCGUAAUUCCAGAGAGUCACAGCUGAAUGAAUCAGUGAAGGUGGUGAAUGCCAGCUAUGAGAAAAUCUCAGAAACCUCCUAUGCUGUGGUCUUUACAUUUAAACUGGUUAACAUCAGCAUGCCAGAGGACCCUGCUCUCAGAAACAAUACCUACCCGCAAGUGCAGGAUGUCAUCAAUAAAGCGCUGAACACUCUUCUGAAUGAACCUGGCCAGCAAGUUUUCAAACCAAACUCCUUCAACUUCACGAGCACUCCAAACCAGAUUGAUGGCAGGAUGGACUACAGCUUCCAGGAUGGAGAUACCAUACAACCAGUCAGCUUCCUAAAAGAGCUACUUCUGACAACCACAACAACAGUGCUUCCACAAACAACAAUCAGUUUUUCCAUGACUCCUUCAAACUCCAUAUCUGGUUCAGCAGUGGUCACAAGCAAGCUGGUGUUCAACUCCUCAUCUCCAGUCCCCAGUGAAGCUCUGGUCCUCAGCGCUAUCAACACUCUCCGUAAUUCCAGAGAGUCACAGCUGUAUGAAUCAGUGAAGGUGGUGAAUGCCAGCUAUGAGAAAAUCUCAGAAACCUCCUAUGCUGUGGUCUUUACAUUUAAACUGGUUAACAUCAGCAUUACAGAGGACCCUGUUCUCACAAACAAUACCUACCCGCAAGUGCAGGAUGUCGUCAAUAAAGCGCUGAACACUCUUCUGAAUGAACCUGGCCAGCAAGUUUUUAAACCAAACUCCUUCAACUUCACGAGCACUCCAAACCAGAUUGAAGGCAGGAUGGACUACAGCUUCCAGGAUGGAGAUACCAUACAACCAGUCAGCUUCCUAAAAGAGCUACUUCUGACAACCACGACAGUGCUUCCACAAACAACUACCGGUUUCUCUGUGACACCUCCAAACCUAGUAUCUGGUUCAGCAGUGGUCACAAGCAAGCUGGUGUUCAACUCCUCAUCUCCAGUCCCCAGUGAAGCUCUGGUCCUCAGCGCUAUCAACACUCUCCGUAAUUCCAGAGAGUCACAGCUGAAUGAAUCAGUGAAGGUGGUGAAUGCCAGCUAUGAGAAAAUCUCAGAAACCUCCUAUGCUGUGGUCUUUACAUUUAAACUGGUUAACAUCAGCAUGCCAGAGGACCCUGCUCUCAGAAACAAUACCUACCCGCAAGUGCAGGAUGUCAUCAAUAAAGCGCUGAACACUCUUCUGAAUGAACCUGGCCAGCAAGUUUUCAAACCAAACUCCUUCAACUUCACGAGCACUCCAAACCAGAUUGAUGGCAGGAUGGACUACAGCUUCCAGGAUGGAGAUACCAUACAACCAGUCAGCUUCCUAAAAGAGCUACUUCUGACAACCACAACAACAGUGCUUCCACAAACAACAAUCAGUUUUUCCAUGACUCCUUCAAACUCCAUAUCUGGUUCAGCAGUGGUCACAAGCAAGCUGGUGUUCAACUCCUCAUCUCCAGUCCCCAGUGAAGCUCUGGUCCUCAACGCUAUCAACACUCUCCGUAAUUCCAGAGAGUCACAGCUGAAUGAAUCAGUGAAGGUGGUGAAUGCCAGCUAUGAGAAAAUCUCAGAAACCUCCUAUGCUGUGGUCUUUACAUUUAAACUGGUUAACAUCAGCAUGCCAGAGGACCCUGCUCUCAGAAACAAUACCUACCCGCAAGUGCAGGAUGUCAUCAAUAAAGCGCUGAACACUCUUCUGAAUGAACCUGGCCAGCAAGUUUUCAAACCAAACUCCUUCAACUUCACGAGCACUCCAAACCAGAUUGAUGGCAGGAUGGACUACAGCUUCCAGGAUGGAGAUACCAUACAACCAGUCAGCUUCCUAAAAGAGCUACUUCUGACAACCACAACAACAGUGCUUCCACAAACAACUACCGGUUUCUCUGUGACACCUCCAAACCUAGUAUCUGGUUCAGCAGUGGUCACAAGCAAGCUGGUGUUCAACUCCUCAUCUCCAGUCCCCAGUGAAGCUCUGGUCCUCAGCGCUAUCAACACUCUCCGUAAUUCCAGAGAGUCACAGCUGAAUGAAUCAGUGAAGGUGGUGAAUGUCAGCUAUGAGAAAAUCACAGCAACCUCAUAUGCUGUCAUCUUUAAGCUUAAUUUGAGUAAUAUCAGCAUGUCAAAAGAUCCUGAGCUAAGAAAUGGCACAUACCUACAUGCUCAGGGUGUCGCCAAUAAUGCGUUGAACAGUCUUCUGAAUGAACCUGGCAGAACAACUUUAAAUCCCAAGUCGGCCAACUUCAUAAGCACAUCGAACCAGAUUGAAGGCAGCAUUGUCUACAGCUUCCAGGAUGGAGAUGCUAUACAACCAGUCAGCUUCCUAAAUGAGCUUCGUUCACUGACAGUCUCAACAACAACCAGUACUCUGACAACUACUCCACAGAUAGUGCUUGGCAGAGCACUUAUAUUCAUUCGCCUCGUGUUUGUCACACUGGGCCCCCUGCCAAAUCCAGAUAAGGUUCUUGAGGUGGCCAACACUCUGCUGAAAACACGUAUCACAACUAAGCAAGACCCCACAACACAAGACCUGAGUGAUCCUGUGAGCUUUGUCAAUGUCACUUAUACAAAAAUAAAUGAGACAGCCUAUGCUCUCAACUUUGGAUUUGAAAUCAGCAAUAUAACCAUGAAUGAGAAACUUGAACUCAGGAAUGGUACCCACCUGUUAAUACAAGACUCUGUAAACACAUUGCUGAGCAAGAUCCUCCUCAGUAACUCCUCAGCUCCUGUCAUUAAGUUCAAUGCAGCUGAUUUCACGGGUAAUUCCACUGUGAUUCAGGCCAAAGUAGAGUAUGUUUUCUCACCAAGUGACAUCACGCAACCCAGCGUCUUUGUUCAGGAACUUCUUCAACUCAAUGAAGCGACCACUCAGACAACAACUUCACCACCAAUCUUGAGUAGGAGGGCAAUCAUUAGGAUUCGUCUCGAGUUUAUCACACUGGGCCCAAGACCAAGUGAGAAUAGUGUUCUAGAUGUGGUUAAAUCAGUAGUGGCCACAAAUCUCACAUCUACAUUAAGUGCCAAAACAGUGAGCGUGAGUGAACCUGUGACCUUGGCAAAUGUCAACUAUUUGGGAAUUAAUGACACUGCCUACGCACUCAUCUUUGCUUUUGAAAUCAGCAAAGUAUCACUGACAGAGUCAAAAAGGAAUGAAACCUAUCAAGAAAUCCAAAAGAAGAUAAAUAACUUGGUGAUCCAGAUCCUAAAGGACCCCUCAAUUAAUCUACUCAUUCCAGCCAAUUUCAAGGAUGAUUCCACCAUGAUUGAGGCCAAUGUUACGUAUGUUUUCUCACAACGUGAAAGCAACACGGCUGCCGGUUUCUUGGUCGGUACCCUAUUCACGGUUUUUUACCACACCAGUUCCAACCACCAUAAACACUACAAUCUCAAACAACGCUACAAACGUAGCAUGGAUUGUGGCUAUCAUUGUCCCCUGCGCUAUUAUCAUCGGCCUCGUACCUUGCUGGAUUCUUCUUUGCUGUUUGCUGUGUGGUUGCUGUGCAGCAAUCAGGAGACGCUGGCACAGAAGAAGGUCGUACAAUGUACAGUACACAACCCGAAACAGCCUCUUCUAGAGAGUUCAGAGAUAUUUGACAAAACAGGACUGAACACCAAUGAAAACAUAAAAAUCAUGGAUUUUGGAUAUUCAGUAUGCAAUUCAAUGCUGCCUAAUUAGUAAUGAAAGUACUAUGUUAAUGCUUAUUUUAAAAAUUAUUUAUUGUAUUAUUCUUGUAUUGCUAGACAAACAGAUUCUCUAUAAAAUGUUCAUAAAUGUGAUAUUUUAAUUCUUCCUAAUGCGUAUAAUAAUAUUGUGUUGCUAUUAUUUAUUUGUAUUUAUUGUGAUAGUCUGUUUACAUUAGUCUGCUUGACAUAACACAGUUUCAGUUAAAGGGACAAAGGUAGAGCUUUGGAAAUACAGCUAUUAUUUAUUCAUGCUCUAUGCACUUUAUAAUGUUAAGUAAAGGCAAAGCAAGCUCAUGAUGUAAAGAAAUUGUAAAGCAGAUUUGUGCAAUGUAUGGAUAUGUUAAACUGCAAAAAUGUAAUAAAAUAAUAAAGAAUGCAGAACAAUUA